GCAAUGUCAUCCUCUCGUCUCUUUUCUUCACUCAUCAAAACCAAAUCUAUACCCUGUUUCACUACUGUCAGAACACUUCGAACAAUGGCUUCAGGCGCAGUUACCGUUCCUCCUGGAAAAUACGAGUUUCUCGUCGUUGUUCAUGACAAGCCCGGUAUGCUUGAGAAGCGACUUGAAGUUCGAGGACAGCAUUUCGAUAACAUGAAACCCAAUGUUGAGAGCGGAAACUGGAAGAUGGGAGGUGCCAUCCUCAACUCUGUUCCCAAAGACGAUAGUCCCAGUAGCUUGGAUUUCGCCGGAAGCACACUUGUCUGCAUUGCUGAUUCCGCAGAACAAGUGCGAGAGAACUUGAGCAAGGAUAUCUAUGCCACUUCUGGUGUUUGGGAUAUGGACAAGGUCCAAAUCUACCCUUUCAAGGCUGCAUUCAGAUUCAACUAAUAUCAAUAAUCCAAUCUCAUUUACUCGAUU